AUGUUAAUUAUUGUAAUAGUAUCCUAUUGUAUGAGCCUUAAAUUUGUUGUUUAUGAUGUGUCUCAGAUUCUGGGUGUAGAAUUGGUGCUCAUGGCCAUUUUUUUAUAAUGUGUAUUGUGUUUUGUAUACGACUACUUCUGUUAUUGAAAACAUCUUUUGCCAACCUUGGCAUAUGCUUGUACGCUUUGUGGCUAGUAUGAUAGGCUGAUUUCAUGCUUUCUGGUCCAAUAAAAUGACCUUUUGCUCUUAUUAGUUGAGACGCUGCAAGCUUGAUUGAAGAUUCAAAGAUUUUCAUUAUGUUGUAUCUGAUUUUCCAAACGCAUGUGCAUCUCUUUAUAUUACUAUUGUUCCUUUCUGAUUUUGUAACUAUUAGAUACUAUAUUUUCUUCUCUGCUAGGUUUGUAAUUGUUUGCAUGUCACUCAGCCCACAUUGCCCUAAGCUAUCAUUUGUUGGCUUUAUCAUCCUAGGUGAGUUGUGCAUUGAUUUUCUAGUUGGAGGCUAAUUGUAUAGAUAAGUUAUAUUCAAGAAAGAAUCUCUCUUCUUGUUCUGCGCAACAUUAAUUAGUCAAAGCUUGUCAUUGUAAUGAGCUCCUCAUAUCUAUACGAAGGCCCUAUCUGUGCUUGGGCUAUUGAUCUUUGCUGAAGUAUUAGAAUUAUUGUUCUGAAUCUUCUGAUGCUGAUUGUGUAAAACAGCUAAUUUGUUUCAUAGUACGUGACAAAUAAUUAUGAGCAUGACCAAACUUACAUCCCUGUUCUCCUAACAGAUAGUAGUAUUUGAUAUCAACCUGUUGUUUAGCACCCCCAAGCUACAAUCCAUGCAUUAAACAUCAUUUGGUAAAUAUUUUAAGAAUAUGGUUCUGUGUUGAACAGUUGAAGUGUGAUUACAGGCUUAUCUCUUAAUAAAUAGUUUUUCUGUAAGUAACAUUUACUUUGCAGAAUUUUGCUCUUUCUCAGGCGUUAAGGACUUGAAGCUUGCAAGUGGAGAAACGAGGGCAAGACUGCAACAGCUAGCUUGUUAAAAAUUUAAGUUUCUAUAGAUGCGAGAGACUCAAGGCCUUAUGAUAAUAGCAUCAUUUUCCAUUUGUUAGAUUUAAUGCCUGUCAAAAUGUAGAAUAGUAUCUCCUGUGGUGGCAUUUCAGCCAGUGGAGGCAUAAAAAGGUGAUUAAGUACAUACAUAACAUGCCCAGUCUCUGCAGGUACAAUAUGCUGCUUUAUCUUUAGUUUAAAGGUAGAGUAGCAACUUAUGAUCAAGUUUUUAGAUGGAAUAUUGUAUGAAGACAUAAGGAGGCUUACGAAUCUAUUUUGUUCACAUACUUUAGUUUUAUGAUAUUAAUGAAAUUUAAUGUUCAUGAGGUAAAUUCUGGUUUUGACUUGAUAUAUGAUAUGUAAUGAUGUCUGCAAACCAACAAAAGUAAUUUGAGCUGAAUGUUCCGGGAUAUGAUUGUAGAUUCUAUGCGACUAAUCAGCCUCUUGAAGAUGUGAAAAUCUUGUUUUACAACACCUAACGCUUGAGGGAAGAUUUUAUUUGACCUUCAGGCUUCAGCAUGCAUAUCCACCUACUUAUUUAUAUGACCUUGGGGUUGCAUAUCCACCUCAAGUGCUCAUUGGAUGUGUGGCGUGCCAUUCUUUGUACAAGAAACAUGAGUGAGCUAUAUGUCAUUGUCAUGUAUCUACUGUACAUGACGUAAACGAUGAGCCAGAAUCACUUUUAGCAACUGCUGUCCUCAGAAAAUGAAUAUAUGGCUAAGUGAUUCAGUCCGCCCUAAAUUAGCAUUGACAUAAUUUUGGAGAAGGUGACUAAUAUAAUGAACUGUGCAUAUCCUUAUUUCAAUCUCCCAUCCCUUACUGUGUCCGUGUUGAGAAAGUGCAGCUUUAUUUUACAUUGAGAAGCAGGAAUCAACAAAUUCCCCUUGCCUCUUGGAUAGAGCAAAGAGAGGCGAGCGAGCUACCUUGAAAAGAGUUUUGCAUCCUAUUCUGUGCAAUAGUGCUUGGACCACUGCUGAUGUUGCUAAUGGUUUCUGUUGGAUAAAUGCACUCAAACUAAAUCUAUGCCGAGCACCUUGAUUUGAGUUCCAUGAAUCUAUUCUGAAUAUGUGAUAUACUUUUUUCUUCGCGUAGUCCAUCCACACUCCAUGAAUUAGGCACCAGGCACUAUGUGAAAAGGUCUCAGUUUGUUAGUUUUUUUGGCGUAAUAAUUUUUUUGUGCGUGUUUUGUCUUCUCGUCGGUUGUUUUCUUUUCUCAAGAAAACAAUGUGGUGUGUCUGUGGUUUAAAGCAGUAAUGUGUUGUGGUAAAUGGACAUUUCUUGUUGAACGGCUUGAUUUAGUGGUUAAAGUAGUUGGUGGGCAUCUCCAUUAUUAUGUCUGUAUAUCAAGCUUACAAGAAGGCUCCUUGAGAUGGCAAAUUUGAUGGUAUGGUCUAUUUUCUAAUUUUCUUAUGCUUAAUAUUAUUAUUAUUAUUAUUAUUAUUAUUAAUAGUGUAGCGGGAUCAAUCCCAAGUGCUCUGCAGCGUCUGUCCCAACUCCAGAAAAGGGCGUUUCACAUAAUGUGAAUUAAGUAUAGUAUUAUUGCAUAUUAUUAUAUUAAUCUUCCACUAUGGCAGCGAAUAUAAUGAGUAACAGGUAAUGAUUGAUGAUUAUUUGCCUACUUGCCAUGAUUAGUGACCCAAUAUCUCAUUUAUACUUAUAAAUUUGAAAUCCCUUUCCGUUCUUAGGGUUUUGUGAGUGUAGUUGUUUAGCUGUACUAAAUGCAUACUGUUGUGUAAACUUUCCCAAAUAUUGCCGAUCAAUGAUUAUUAAGAUUGGAUUUGUCUAUAUACGGAAACUGUCUCACUUUACAAUUAUCCGGUGGCCUCUAACUGGUUUUCUUUUCCAUAUCUAUGUAAUUCUCAUACGUAUUUCCUAAAGAAUCAUACAAUCGCUUCUUUUUCUUUUCUUUUUAAUCUUUUUAAAGGCAUAUAGAUAGACUAGGAAGAGAACCCAUAUAAUAAAAUUUUGAUUAAUUAAAAGAAAAGCGAAUGAAAAAUAUAAGCAAUGAUUUACUUCGAAAGUUAAAAGUUCACCCAAAUUGAAUUACUACCAUAAUUCAAAAAUCCUCUUUGAAAGUUCAAAAAACCGUGCGGGCCCCACAACACAGAAAACUUAACGACCAAAACGCUCUUUCCCUCUCAAUAUAUUUCAUUCAAAAACAAGCGUUACGUACUUAUUUCUCUACAUUUCUAUGCUUCCUCAUCCCCAAUCUACACUCGCUUAAGGUUAGAAAAAUAUCUGAUCAAUCUGCCUCAAGUUCGUAAGAACAGCCACGAAUUACAACUGUGAUCAACCGCUUUCAAGUUCAGGCUUCUCACGGACAACCAGUAUACUCAUCAAGGACUGUGCUAAUGGAAACAACCUGUGGUUCUCUUUUGUUAGAGCUACAGAAAAUAUGGGAUGAAGUUGGAGAGGCUGAUAAUGAAAGGGACAGAAUGCUUUUUGAACUUGAACAAGAAUGUCUGGAUGCAUACAGAAGGAAAGUGGAUCACGCAAACCGUUCAAGAGCUCAUCUAAGGCAGGCAGUUGCUGAUGCUGAAGCACAGCUUGCGGACAUUAGCGCUGCAUUGGGAGACCGACCAGCUCAUAUAAAGAAGAGUUCCGGGAGCCUGAAGCAAGAGCUUGAGACAAUUAUGCCUCAUCUGGAAGAUAUGACAGCGAAAAGAAAUGAGAGGAAGAACCAAUUUUCAGAGGUUCUGAAACAAAUUAAUAGCAUCUCUAUAGAGCUUUCUAGUUCUACGGACACACGUCUUGAUGAGAUGUCUGUUGAUGAGAGUGAUUUGUCAAUGAAAAGGUUGGAUGAUUUACGUAAUCAGUUGCUUUUGCUGCAAAAAGAAAAGGAUGAACGCAUGAAUGAGCUUCUUCGCCUAUUGAACAUCGUUAAUGCUCUAUGCUCGGUGCUUGGGAUGGACUUCAAAUCAAAAAUUUGCAGUGUUCAUCCAUCUCUAGACAACACAUGCAAGAAGAAAAGUAUAAGUGCGGACACAAUGCAGGGUUUAUCUGCUAUGAUAUUUAGACUUAAGAAUGUUAAGUUGCAGCGCAUGCAAAAGCUUCAAGAAAUUGCAAUGACCAUGAUAGAACUCUGGACUCUGAUGGAUACACCAGUUGAGGAGCAACAAAUGUUCCAGAAUGUAACACUUACUAUUGCUGCUGCAGAAAAUGAAAUAACUGAGCCCAACAGUCUGUCUUUGGAGAUAAUCAAUAAUGCUGAGGCAGAACUUUCGAGGCUGCAAGAAAUGAAAAUGAGUAAAAUCAAAGAAGUCCUAUUAAAAAAGAGAUUGAUUUUAGAAGAUAUAUGCCACGGAUCACACAUGAUUGUUGAAGGAAAAUAUGGAAAAGAUCUCUCUAUAGAAUCUAUUGAGUCAGGGGCAAUCAGUCCAUCUUAUCUACUUGAAGAAUUAGAGGCACAGAUUUCCAAGGUUAAAGAGGAAGCAUUAAGUAGAAAAGAGAUUCUUGAAAAGGUCCAGAAAUGGUUGGCUGCAUGCGAAGAGGAAGGCUGGCUGGAAGAGUACAGUAGGGAUGACAAUCGUUAUAAUGCUGGACGAGGUGCGCAUCUUAUGCUUAAGCGUGCUGAGAAGGCUCGUGUGCUUGUAAAUAAAAUCCCAGGAAUGGUAGAUGGUCUGAAGUCAAAGGUAAAAGCUUGGGAGAAAGAAAGAAAUGCAGAGUUCCUCUACGAUGGUGUUGGUCUAAUUUCCAUGAUUGAUCAGUACAGCGAAUUAAAGCGCUUGAAAGAACAAGAGCGUCAAAUUCAGAGGAAGAAGCUGCAGGGACAGUUGGUGGCUGAGCAAGAAGCAAUCUAUGGUUCAAAACCGAGUCCAUCCAAGAGCGGGGCCAAGAGUUUAAGACCUUCAACCGGAGGCGUGGCUAGUAAGAGGUUUUCAUUAGGAGGAGCCGCGCUCCAAACUGCACUCGACAAAGCUACUCCCUCUUCUCGUUCCCUUAACAAGAAUAAGUCCGUGAAACGCCAGACUUUGAACAAUAAUCACCACACUGGCCUUGCAGUUCCCUCUUCUGGUAAGAAAAACAUGAAUAGUAGGGCAGCUAAACAGCAUUCCAGCAAUGCAUCAAUCUCACAUCAGAGUGGAACAGCAGCAUUGAGGAAGGCCCUCUCUCCCUUGUCUUCACUAUGUUCCAAUGUGAUUAUUCAGCAGGAGGAUAAAAAAGCGAAGAAUGGGGCGGUCCAAGAUUCUGAGAGUGGUGGUUACAAAACUCCGGCGGCAGCAACGCCAACGAAGAGGUAUACUGCAAAUGAUGAGAACAGAACACCAAAGAGAAUGCCAAUCCCAGUGGCAGCCACUCCUCCAACAGCGUGUAGCGCAAUGCGGACAGCUAUGACCCCAUUCACGCCGAGCGUUCGUGCAACUGAACAAGUGGAGUACUCGUAUGAGGAGAGAAGAGCUGGCUUUGCUGUUGCUAAGGCACUCUCCCUCGUUGACGUUUAGACCCAUGCCGUUUAGGUUAGGUUUGGUUUGGUUUUGUUUGUGCAUGUAUUGGCAUAGGCUAUUGAUCUAUGGCUUCUACUACUAGUCUACUAUUGAUGCAUAAAGAUUAACUUUCCUUCAUAUCUGUUCUUGUUUGGAUUGAUAUUAAUCAUUUUGAGUUGUCAAAAUUCAAAACAUCUGAGUUCAAGCUUGAAAUAUUUCA